AUGUUCUAUGACCUCAACGUUCCAUAUUCAGCCGAUGAUGCUCAAUUGACUAAUACCCUCAACUUUCUUGCCGAAGUUGGGUAUACAACAGUAGCACUGUCCCAAACGAUGUCAGGCAAAUUACCCCCGAAUUUGGCAGCUCCUCAACUUCCAUCUAAUGCUCCAAAGUCCCUCACGCUGUUGACGCGCCUCAACCUCGUCCUGUCCGAUCCAUCCCAGAGUUACCGCAUGGCAAAUCUGAUACCAUUAUUCUCGAUCGUUGCCGUACGACCUAUGAAUGAAAAGAGCUUGUUAAAUGCUUGCACAAAUCUUGACUGCGACUUGAUCUCUUUAGAUCUGUCUGUCCGCCUUCCUUUUCACUUCAAAUUCAAGACUGUCUCGUCCGCGAUCUCGAGAGGGGUACGGUUUGAAAUAUGUUACAGUCCUGGAAUUACUGGAAGUGGGUUGGAAGCACGCAGAAAUCUCAUCGGCAAUGCCAUGAGUCUUAUCAGAGCCACAAGGGGUCGAGGCAUCAUCAUAUCGAGUGAGGCGAAGCGAGCAUUGGCCAUCCGCGCACCAAUGGAUGUGGUCAAUCUCGCAUGUGUUUGGGGAUUAUCUCAUGAGCGAGGCAAAGAAGCUAUCUGUGAGGAAGCUCGGAAAGUUGUGGCCUUGUCGAGUCUCAAAAGGACAAGUUGGCGAGGCGUUAUCGACGUGGUCGAUGGUGGUGAAAAGGAGGCACCGAAGAAAGUCGACGAUGCAUCAAAGAAAAAGGUCGAACAAACUGUCACUAUUCUGGAUAAGAAUGGAGAAAAUUUGAAACGGAAAGCUUCCGUGGACUCUGCUCAAGAAAUUGAAAAGCCUCUUUCCAAGCGGGAAAUGAAGCGUAGAGCCAAAAAGGCACGUCUCGAGGCCCAUGUCCAGUCUUGA